AUGUCUCAACUCUAUCCUAUUCCUCCUUUCGUCUCGCCGAGCGAAUCCUCCCCUCCCCCCCCGGACCAUAUCUUCACCCCCGGGGCUAUGCAUCUCAACGCUCUUGCCACGCUAACCUUCACGGUCGCGGUCUCUGCAACCUGCGAGCACUUGCGCCUCUGGCAGCCACCAACUAUUCUUGACCGACGCAGUCCGUGCCCCAUGAUCAACUCCCUCGCAAACCACGGCUUCCUCCCUCGGAAUGGGCUCAACAUUUCGACCGACGACCUUGUAAAUGCGUUUCACGAAGCUCUCAACCUCAGCCCCGGCGUAAGCCUGCCCGUCGCAAAGCUUGCGGUAACAACAUCCACGACCGGCAACCCCAACACCUUGAAUCUGGAUGAUCUCGACGAACAUGGAGUACUAGAGCACGACGGCAGCUUGAGCCGCGACGACACCCACUCGGGCGACAACCACAGCUUCAACACGACCAUCUUCCGCACCACGGCGGCGCACUUCGGCCGCGACACCAUCUCCAUCUCGGACGCGGCCGCGGCCCGCUCGGCGCGCGUCGCCGCCGCCAAGAAGGCCAACCCGGCGUUCAACCUCACAGACACGGAGGAGUUCUUCAGCUUCGCCGAGACGGCGCUCUACAUGCGCGUGUUUGGACGCGGCACCGAGGGUCACGCAAGGACGAAGUGGGUGGAGGUUAUGUUCUACGAGGAAAGGCUUCCUUACUUGGAGGGGUUUAGGAGGUCGACGGAGGUGCUUACUAAUGAUGAAGUUGGCGAACUGGUACAGAAACUUGUCGAUGCGACGAAGAAAUAA